CCGGAGAAGGGCCCAUCCCCCAUUUUUUUUUUUGCGAUUAUCUCCAAAGUUGGAGUGGGCGCCCGGUGUUAUUGGCCAGGCACUGAUCGAGACCCGUUGGAGACUGAGAUAUAAACAUUGAGAUUUUAAUUUUGCGGAAAUAGCUGUCUUAAAUCAAGGCAAGUUAAUUCAUGUAUUUGUAAUAAUCUAGAUCAUGUUGGCACAAUGUAGAUCACUACAACUGCAUAGUUUCCAAUUGAUGGAAAGGGUAAGAUUUGGUAACCCAAGAAAUGUGACUUAGUAGGAGUGCCUCUUAGGCCAAUGUGACCAUUCUGUGUUUGACCAUUGUGUAUUCGGUGGAGCACACUGCACACUGUUCAGACUUCCGGUGCUUAUGAGUAACUAGUAAGGGCAUUUUUGUCUAGCCAGUGUACUGGAUGGUCUGUUGCAAACAUUCAUCGAGAUAUACCGGAUAUCCCGGCCCUAAAAAAAAUGUACACAGUGAUUUGUUUUUUCAUUGCAAAAACAAACUAUGGAUUGUGGAACCGGCUGAUAGAGGCCAUGAAUAGCCAAACGGUACGUCAUCAGCUAAUGGGAGCAGGUCCCAUUUUCCUAUCAAGCUUUUAAAAAUGUCAUCUACUACUUUUGAACGAGAUAAGUGCUCAAACUUUGGCGUCGUGCCCUGACUACUGGCGCUACGUUUGGGCAGAGACAGCACAUUCGGCAACGCGUAUAAUUUAAUUUUGCAGCAAAGAAGAAGAAAGCGGUAAAUAUUUUUUGGGGGGCACUUUCGUGACUUUGGCGGUAAAAAAAUACAGCAUUAAAUUUUACGAAUUGCUUAUGCAGUAUUCGUAUAACGUGCCAUUUCUUUCCACUCUCGUCCGGCAGCUUGGGCAAGUUGACGGCAAGAUGUGGCAUUCAAAUUGUUGGUGCCCCAGUCUUCGCUCUUCCCGGCUCUUUCGCCUGGAACAAGAAGAAGCAACCAGAACUUCUCCUGUCCCCCUACUUCAAAUGAUUGCACCUAGAGUCAGUUGCGGCAGCAGAAGCGGCUGGGGUUCCUCGCCUGGCAAGCACGCAAGAUCGGUCGAAGGUCCGCCACCAGCGGCACAAGUGGCGAUUCCCUGCCAGCGGGGUAGCGCAGGUCCUCCGUUUGUCCCGCCGAGGAGGUGGAAGAUACGACGCGAGAAGGCGCUUCACGAGUGCCGUUUCUGCCCGUACUCCUGCGAGAACAGCUCCGGCCUCGUCAAGCACGAGCGGACCCACACGGGCGAGAAACCCUUUCAGUGCCAGUCGUGUCUGAAGGGCUUCGCGGUGGAGGCCAACUACGUCAGGCACCUCAAGGUUCACAGGGAGGGCAACUUCAAGUGCAGCUUCUGCGACGCGCUGUUCGCCCACAAAAAGGACAGGACUGUCCACGAGCGAGUGCAUUGGGGCGACACUCCGCGGUGCGACGUGUGCGGGCGGCAGUUCAACAGCAUCGCCUCCCUGAUCCAGCACAAGGAGCUGCGGCACAAGAAGCUGCCGUCCAAGGAGGCAGCGCCAGCUGUGCACGAAGGAGGUGCCGUAGUGAAGACGGAAGACGACGUGUCGGAGUUGCUGGAGAGUUUGAUGGAGCCAGGGAAGGGUGGGGAGGUGACCCUGGUCAAGGUCGAGUGCCCGUCAGUGGACGUCGUCGAAGUCUCGACGCCGCCUCUCUGAGGAGAGGUAUGAAAUGGACCUCCGACAAGACUUUUUUUUCAACUAUUUACAUCCUUGGAAUACUGCCGAGGAUUUACUCUUCCCGGCAUACUAUUUAUUAUAUCUAAGUUCAGAACAGCUAUUGAGAAAGCGGGAAAUAAAGGCGAUGCAAAAA